UCGGAGGGGCGUGGGGAUCGUCCCAAUCGAGCUAAUUUUCAGUUUUAGAAUCGCUGUGGCGUGGUUCUUUUCGCAGGGAGGAUGACGGAGGCGGCGAUAAGAAAGAAGCCGGGGAUGGUGAGCGUGCAGGAGAUGCCUGUGUUGCAGGACGGUCCGCCGCCGGGUGGGUUUCCGCCGGUGAGGUACGCUCGAAGGAUCCCGACCAAGGGACCCGGUGCCGUUGCCAUCUUCCUUACUGCCUUCGGCGCCUUUGCAUACGGCAUGUAUCAGGUCGGCCAGGGCAAUAAGAUCCGAAGGGCACAAAAGGAGGAGAAAUAUGCAGCUCGCAGAGCCAUUAUCCCGAUACUUCAAGCUGAAGAAGAUGAAAGAUUUGUAAAAGAAUGGAAGAAAUAUUUGGAAGAGGAGGCUAGAAUCAUGAAAGAUGUCCCAGGAUGGAAUGUUGGAAAGAUCUACACCCCCGGCCGGUGGGUACCACCGGCAACCGGAGAGCUUCGACCGGAUAUUUGGUGAGAGAAAAAUCUGAGCUAAGCUUGUCUGAAAGAACUUUGAACCCCUAAACUGUUCAUAAGAGACAAUAUUGGUUGAAUAGUUUCAUGAUGCCUUUUUUUUUUUUAAGAAAAAAGGAAUUUUUUUAAUCUAUUUUUGAGGUUUUAUAAAACUGUCUGAAUAAGCUUUUAACAAGACCAAGGUAAUAUGUUAAAUUCCUGUUUCUGCUUUGUUU